AUGUCUGCCCCUGAAGCCAGCAACGGCCUCGAGAAGGACGUCAACUCCGUCCCUUCCAACGGCGGUGGCGCCCCCAUUCAGCCCCAGAUGUCCGCCGAAGAGCACCAGGUCGCACGCGCUGCCGCCCGCUUCGGAUAUGGACCCCUCGCCCACGUCAACACCGCAGAGGCUUCCCUGCCUCCCUUCGGUGGUGAGUUCCAGCCCGGUCUGUACAAGUCCGUCGAAGGCCGCAAGUUCGCCAAUCCCGCGCCUCUUGGCCUGUCAGCUUUCGCCCUCACUACUUUCGUCCUGAGUCUUAUCAACAUGGGUACCCGUGAUAUCUCCUCGCCCAACAUAGUCGUCGCCCUGGCCUUUGGCUACGGUGGUCUUGUUCAGCUGCUCUCCGGCAUGUGGGAAAUGGCCGUCGGUAACACCUUUGGUGCCACUGCUCUGUCCUCCUACGGUGGUUUCUGGCUCGCGUUUGCUAUUGUCUUGACCCCCGGUGGAUUCGAGAUCGGCGAGGCUCUUGGCGAGACUGGCCCUGAUCCUACCCCAUUCUUCAACUCCUUCGGUCUGUUCUUGAUGGGCUGGUUCAUCUUCACAACCAUCAUGUUGUUCUGCACCCUCAAGUCAACCGUCGCCUUCUUCCUGCUCUUCUUCUUCCUGGACCUGACUUUCCUGCUCCUUGGAAUCGCCUACCUGCACCGCGAUGCCGAGGGUGGCGUCAACGUCCCUGUCCAGAAGGCCGGUGGCUUCUUCGGUCUGCUCGCUGCCUUCGCCGCUUGGUACAACGCCCUCGCCGGUAUUGCCGAUACCAGCAACAGCUUCUUCAUCAUCCCCGUCGCUCACUUCCCCUGGUCCCCCACCGGCCGCACUCGCCGCAGCAAGACCGACCGUGAGCAGGCAUAG